GCCAGUUCAUCGUUGCUGUAGUACUCGGUCUAUCCCAUUGAGCUGUCAACACACUGCAAGCCUCCUCUGCCGCGACAACAUUUUUCUAAUCAACUUAGCCCGUUUUCUCCGUCAGCGACGUUUUUCAUCAGAUAACAGCUACUUUCUUCUCAAUAUGACUCGAAGGUGAUCUUCAGCGUGUCCAGGUGGUUCUGGGGUUCCAGGUUAGUGUGGUUAGAGAGCAAGCUAACUGUGGGGAAGAGGACCGCCUGGGGCAUUUUGUCCCUGGCUCUCAAGUGACUAAGGAAGGGGCUUGGCAAACUGUUCUGCAGCAUGGAGAAGGAAGACCUCAAGAUUGUCAACAAGGGGGAAGAGGAGGAGAUGGAGCUGCAGGGCUACCGUCUGUGUCGUUGGCGGCUGGCCCUGGUGGGCCUCGGGGUGCUGUGUACAGGGGGCUUCCUUCUCCUGGUGCUCUACUGGAUGCCAGAAUGGUGCGUCAAGUCCACCUGCACUCGUACCACAGCCCGUGAGGCCAAAGUGGUGUUGCUGCGCUCCACGGAUGAGUUCCGGCGCUGGUUCCUGGCCAGGGUGCGAGUGAUGCUUGCCCCAGGGAGAAACCCCUUCCACAGCCUGGAGACCCAGACCACCUCCCCCUCCUCCCCUUCCUCUCCUUCCUCCCUCUCCUACCCCUUCUCCUCCUCUGCUUCCCCACCUCAGGCCAACGGACACACCAUUCAUCCCUCCGAUGGCAGCCCUGCUCAGGAGCUCAUCAGAAAAUUGCAGACUACCAGCCCACGCAGUGGCCUGGAGGAUCUGCAGGUCAGCUGCUCCACCCUCCACUCGGAGCACAGCACAGGCCUGACUAUGAACCAGCAGGAGUACAGGAGACUGUUCUUCGGAGUGAAUGAAAUUGCAGUGAAAGUGCCUUCUGUUUUCAAGCUGCUUAUCAAAGAGGUAAAAGCAAAGUUUGAGUUUCUGUAUGCAGCAUGA